AUGGAAUCCCGCCAGUCGUCGCCUGUUGCUCGCUCCGCCAGCCCCCGCUACAGCAUGCAGCGACAAAGAAGCAACUCGUUCCCCAUCAUCGACGCCCUUGGAUGCACAACACCAGAGGCCCAACUCAUCCUGGCCGAGAGCAGAGCUGCUGUCCGGAAACGCCGAGCCCGUCGCAACCAGUCGCUCGACGAGGAAGGCAGCCGACCCUUUGACCCCAGAGACCACAUCAAGUUUCUGCAAGAACUCGCCGCCAUCCCCACUCCUCAAGAACAACCCACUCCCUUUGGAUCUAGCAGACACGCGCCCUCGCACUCACGCAUUCCUUCAGACGCUACCGACCGAAGCACUUCAACCAUCGUCCCAUGUGACGAUGGCGGACCUGUCCGGAACAUUUCUCCCACGCUAGGCGACUAUUCCGCCACCUUGGCCGAAUUCAUCAAGAACCAGCUCAAAUCCAUACCCACCUACCAGCCCGGCCCGGAUUCUUCAUUGCCUUUGUCGCCUCGCUCGUGUCCGGAUCUGUCCUUUGCCACACAGUCGUCUCGCUCGUCGUCAUGCCCAUCGGUACGCCGCCCAGUCGAGAAACCACGCAUAAUCGAGAUCCCCCCGAUUCGAGCACCGGUCAAGAGCCAGUUCUCGGCAUGGAGCUCGACUGACGAAGACACGGACGACGAGUCGCAUGCCCUUACUGAAUACGCUCUUUCGCUCGAGGACAGUCUUUCCAAGACGAGCAGCCAUACGCCUUCAGUACUAGGCUACUACCAAACAUCCGAUUCCGGCAAUGGUUCGUCAUUUCUAUUUUCGUCGACCCCGCUAGAGGACCAGUCUGAGGCUGAUGCCGCCAAGGCAUUUAAGUUUCCCUAUCAGUCAGCACAACCUAGUUCCCCAUCCGGCCAACCGGAUUACGACCACUACCCGUCAUCGUGUUCCCCUCAUCCUCAGCUGACAUCCUUGUCGGCUACAUCGGCACCGUCGUUUACCUCGUCGUCCGUCUCACUGUCAUACUUUGACUGCAAGCGACCAUCAGCCAUCACGCCACAAAUGAAAGAGCGGGUCAUUGCGGCUGUGACGCCUCCCCACCUACGCACCAAGAGGCUGAGUGCCAUGUCGCCUUGGGAUGGAAGUACACUCGGCAGUUCGCACGACGUUUACGUCGAGUCACAACAGCGUGUCACUGUCGACGGCAUGUCGUUUGACAUGCUGCGAGACUUUAAUGCCUCAACCCGGCUUACGCCUUGCUAA